UUUUCGUGCUGGGGAAUGAGAGACUUCCUUCCCCUGAAGUGCGAUGCCUGCGAGCAGAUCUUCUGCACAGACCACAUCGCUUAUGCCCAGCACGAUUGCACUUCUGCCUACAAGAAGGAUGUGCAGGUCCCAGUGUGUCCCCUCUGCAACACCCCAGUCCCUGUGAGGCGGGGGGAGAUGCCUGAUGUUGUGGUGGGUGAGCACAUUGACCGUGACUGCAAGUCUGACCCUGCACAACGCAAGCGCAAGAUCUUCACCAACAAGUGUUUAAAGCCUGGCUGCAAGCAGAAGGAGAUGAUGAAGGUGAUCUGUGACCAGUGCCACAAGAACUACUGCCUCAAGCACCGGCACCCUCUGGACCAUGACUGCAGUGGCGCAGGGCAUCCCCUUUCCAAAGCAGGGCAUGCUGCAGUUACCAGAGCCCAGGCAUCCUCCUCCAAAAUAGUCACUGCAUCAAGCAGCGGAGCUGCUCGGCCAGCAGAUAGCUCCUCUUCUCCAGCCUGUGCCAGGGGAGGCAGAGCAGCUGCAUCGCAGGCUCGCAGCACCUCCCCUCCAGCUGUCAUGCUGCAGAAUGGGCUGAGCGAGGAAGAGGCACUGCAGCGAGCUCUGGAGAUGUCCCUGGCAGAGUCAGCACGCAGCUCAGCACAGCCACCCAGCAGCACGCAGGAGGAGGAGGAUCUGGCACUGGCCCAGGCACUGUCAGCGAGCGAAGCCGAGUACCAGCAGUCACAGCGGCAGGCACAUGGUUCAAAGCCAUCAAACUGCAGCAUGUCGUAGGCACGUGAGGCGGGGUGUGCCCGCAGACAUAGGAUCCUGCUUGUGACCCGAGGAGCGGCUCUGGCCUCCCACGUGGAUGCCAUGGGGCUCUGGCCUGCACACUGGUACCAACAGCUCCUUGCCAAGGACAGCUCAUCUCCCUGGGAGCUGUAAGCCACCAAAUAUACACUGACACUUCA